ACAGGGCAGCUUUGUGCCUGAGCUUGAUCGAGUUGAGCGGGGCGCACCCGAAAAAGGGCGUUGUUCGGCAGAUUUGGGGGGCGAUUGACUUUGCUCGCUUCUCUCCCCGUUUGUCCUUUCACUCCGUCCCCACUGUAGACUUGUUGUUUACAUACUAUUACAUCGUUGUGAAGCCACUGUCAAGCGAUCUGUCGCAGCUCUGAACUCCGGCAAACAAACUUUGUGCGCUCGGGUGUCCAAUGGCUAUUAAAGCAGUCAUAUUCACUUAAGUAAGGAGCACCAAGAUGUUCGCGUGCUUCCGGGGGCCUGUGAGCGCUCGCACGAGGCGUUCCCAUCAGAAUUGUCAGUCGCGAAGUCCCGCCCAGCCGCUAGUGCACUGCGCAUUAAGCGCGAAUGAUAGUGCAGGACACAUGCUUAGUGUAGAGCCCGAAUUCAGCCCAUCGGCCGACGCGACUAAGCCUGAGGUGGCCACGGUGCCAUCUGCUGAGCCGUAUGCCCCUGACUCGCCUGCCUUCGACUUGGAGGCCGAGCAGCAGCGUCUGUUGUUCGAGCUUUCCCAGGCGCUCAGCGGCGUCGCCCAUGAGGCUGCGGUGGAGGUCGCAGUGCCGCGGCUGCUGCGCCGACUGGGCGCAUGCCUGGCCUUAGGAGCCGACACCUCCGCACUCACGCUAAGGCUGUACGGCAUCGCACCUGCCGUUCGCGCCGCCGCCGGCGGCGCCAGCCCCCAGGUCAACGGCCAACCGCCGCCGGCUGCGGCCGCCGCCGCCGCCGCUGCCGUGUUGCUGGCCUCACACUCGCCGCUCUCCUCCCUGCAUGGCGGCGGUGGUGGCGCGGCCAUGCUGAUGGGUGGUCGGCAGGAGUUGUCUGAGAUGCUGCAACAGGCGGUUGCAUCGCGGGCGCCUGUGGCCCGGAUACGUGCGACAGACUCGGCGGAUGGCGAUGUGCUGACGGCGGCGGCGGAUGUGUCGUCCGUAACCGCGGCGGCAGCGGCGGCGGCGGCUGGCUCCGUCGGCUGGCGCCGCCGCACAGCAGCGGUCCGGAUAGCGCUCCCGCUCCUGUCGCCGCUGUCGCAGCCGCCGCGCCCGCCGCCUGCUACUGCGGCUGCUGCGGCAGCUACUGCUGCGGUGGCGGCGGCGGUGGCGAUGCCGUACGCCGUGCUGUGGAUAGAAGCUGUGGUGCAGGUGCCGGUGCCGGUGCCGUCCCCGCUGGAUCAGGACCAAGAGCAGCAGCAGGGCCAGAUGCAGCCGCCGCCGCCGCCGCCGGUGCUUCUGCUUGCGAUGGAGUCGGCGGCGUCAAACGCCAUCACGUCAACCGCCGCCGCCGCCGCCGCCGCCGCCACGACGCCGGCUUCGCCGUCGCUCCUGCAGCGUCUGGCGCUGGUGUGCUCCACGGUGCUUGCGCCCGCCACUGCUACUGCCGCGGCCGCCGCCGUGCCGCAGGCGUCGCGUGGUGCUACUGCCGCCGCCGCCGUUGCGCACGCCCUGUUGAUGACACACGGGGCAGUAGGAGGCGACGACGACCCAUUCGCACCACCACCGGUAAUGGCGUCGACGUUGCAGUCACUGACUCUGUCGCCGGCGCCGUCGUCGAAUGAGGUGGCGUGGAUGGCGGCGCGGCUGUGGCGGCUGGCGGCGGCGCCGUCGCUGCCGGCGGCGGUUGACGCCGUGAGCGGGUUGCUUGUUCAGGCCGUGCGGCGGCGCUUCCUGCUCGAUGCCGGCGUGACAGCGGCGCUGGUGCCUGUUGUGGCAAUUGGCGGCGGCGUCAGUGGCGGCGGCGGCGGCGGCGGCGUUGUGGAUGAGGCUGUACGCCGAACUGCAUUUAUGCUAGGGCUUGGGCCCGUGAGGAUGACUCAGCAGCAGCCGCUGCAGCCGAAGGCGGCAGCGGCGGCGGCGGCGGCGCAGCAGCAGCAGCAGCAGCAGCAACAUCCGCAGCGGCAGCAGUGCCCACAGCAGCCGUGGCAGCAGCCUCAGCAGCACGGGGCUGCUAAUGCUGGUGCAGCGGCGGCGGCGGCGGCGGCGGCGGAGACGCGGACGGCUGUGCGGACGUUGUAUGCAAAGCCGUUCCCGCUGCACAACACGCUACUUCAAGAGAUGCUCGAGGAGGCGGCGACCCUGACGGCGGCGGAGGCAUCCGCGUCAGCCGCCGCCGCCACCGCCGCCGCCGCUACUGCUGCUACUGCUGCUGCUGCUGCUACUGCUGCUGCUACUCCUCGCGCGACCACCGCGAAGAGAGGCGCCGCACAUGAGGACUUGGCGCACUGCGACGAACCCAACUGGAGUCCUUUCCAGACCGAAGCCGCGUAUUUCACACUCCCGCCGCCACCGCCGCCGGCAGCGGCUGCUGCUGCUGACGUCAGCUGUGCGCCGUCAGGGCGUGGCGGCGGCGCCGCCGCCACCGCCGCUGCCGUGUCCUUGUCCGGCCACAUCGUAACCGACUGCGUACGGCUCGUCCAAAACCCCGCACUGCCUAGCCGUGAUGUCCUGAUGCUCAUGUCGGAGGGCGGCGGCGGCGGCGCCGGCUUUGCCGCAGGCGGCGGCGGUACGGGAUCCGUUAUCUUGUUGGGCGUCGCCUUCGGUUCCGCCGCCCCGGCGGCGGCAAAGUCAGCGACGCCCUGUAGCACCGGCGGCAGCGGCGGCUGUAGCAGUGGCGGCGGCCCGGUGCUUGCGUUGUACCUGUCCCUGCCAGCCGGCCUGCCGACGGCGCUGCUGGAGGCGGUGCGCGACGACUGCCGGCGGCUGCUGGGCAAGGUAGCCGCCCCCCAGCUGGCCCGCCUACUGCUGCACAGCACCCUGGCCGCCGACCUGGCGCUCCUGUCCCGCGCCGUGCCGGGGACCUACCGUGGAGCCACCACCGCGGCUGCUACUGCCGCUGCCGCUGCCGCUGCCGCUGCCGCUGCCGCUGCCGCUGCCGCUGCUACUGCCACGGCUACUGCUGCAGUGUCGCAGUGCAACGGCGGCGCGGCGGCGCCGGUGGUGCCGACCGGCGCCGCCGCAGCGGCGGCGGCGGCGGCGCCGCCGCGGCUCUCGUCUGCUGCUACUGCCCGGCCAACAGGGGCAGUGUCAGCAGCUGCUGCUGCCGCUGCUACUGCCGCUGCUGCUGCCGCUGCUACUGCCGCAGGAGCUUGCAGAGACAUCGGGCUGCGGCUGCGAGUGCUGGGCGGCGCCGGCGGCGGCAACGUCGCGUCGUCGUCGGCAGGCCGGGGCGAGGCCGCCGCCGCCGCCGCCGCCGCCGGCGCUGGCAUUACUAUCUGCGGCAGGAACGGCAGUAGCAGCCUGGGCGGCAGCGGCGCGUCCCAGGCGGCCAGCCCUGGUGCCCGGCUGAGUUUCUUUUUGGAGCCCAUGCUGACGUCAUCAUCAGAGGCGGUAGACCUGUCCCCGGCAUGUGUGGAGCCGCUCAGGAAGAGCGCGUCUUCUUCCGACGCCGCCGCCGCCGACGCCGACGCGCCGCCCCCUGCCGCCGCCGCCACGGCUACUGCGCUCGCCGCCAAGAAAGGCGGCGGCGCAGAGGCAGCGCGCGCGAACGGUGGUGCUGCUGCUACUGCCGCCGCCGCCGCCGCCGCAGUCGCCAUGGAUGAGAAUGAGUUGGAUUCCCCCGGCGCCGCCAUCUGGCUCGACGGCGGCGGCGCCGUCACACAGCAACCGCCGGCGGCGGCGGCGGCGGCUGACGGUGGUGGUGCAAUGGCGGCUGGCGGCGGCGGCGGCGGCGCAAUGGCGGCGGCGGCGCGCACGCACACGCCGCGUCGUGGCCAUGUCACCGAGGCGAGCGUCAUCACAAUCAUGGAGGCGGACGCGGCAUGCACGCUUCGCGGGCACAUGGGCACCCUGGUCGACUGCCUCACCCGUAGCCUCUCCAGCGUCGCCGGCAGCUGCGGCGUCGGCAGUAGCAGCAGCUGCAGCAGCAGUAACGUGCCAAGCGGCAGCAGCCGCAACAGCCGGAGCUUCGACAGCACUGGUUGCGGUGGUGGCGGCGGCGGCGGCUGGGGCGGCGGCAGUAACGCAUCUCUGACUGGUGGCGGCGGCGGCUGUAGCUUGCGCGGCGGCGGCUCGCAUUGCGGCGGCGCCGCCAGCUGUAGCAGCAUCUCGACGCCCACCUCCUCCGCAACCGGCGGCUCAAGCGUCAUGAUGGCAUCGGCGGCGGCGGCGGCGGCCGACGCGGCGGCGGCUGGCGGCGGCGCCGGCGGCGGCGGUUGGGACGAGCUCGACGAUCUGGAGCUGUACGGCGUGCUGGGUAACGGCGGCAGCGGUGUGGUGUUCUGGGGGCGGCUGGGUACGACGUCGGUUGCGGUUAAGAUCGUUGAGCUUCCUGAGGAGCGGGAGGCCUGGCUGCUGAGGCACGCCCAGCUUAACGCCGCCGCCGCCGCCGCCGGCCCAACCGCCGCCGAGUUGCGGCGGCGGCAGCAGGCCGCCGCCGCCGCCGCCGCCGCCGCCAAGCCUGCGGCGGCCGCGGCCGCGGCCGCUGCCGCGGCGGCGGCGGCGGCCGCCUCAGCGGAUGACUCGCGGCGUCUGCGGGCUCGGCGGGCGCUGCUCCGCAACGCAAUGGAGCUGGCGGUUUUGAAGACGCUGUGCAACCACGCAAACCUGGUGCAGGUCUACGCCGUUUUUGACAACGUUGCGCUGAAGCGAGUUGACGGCUGCUCCAACAGCAACAACAGCGGCGGUUGCGCGCCGACGGUGGCGGCGGCGGUUUCGGCGGUUAUGCCCUCAUACCGGCUUGUACGGCUGGGACCGUACGAGGCGGCUUCACGCAACCGGGCCGAGGGCGGCGUGUCUGCCCCGGUGGUGGCUGUGUGCAUGGAGCUGGCGGACUGCGGCUCGCUGUGGACCGCACUCAGCCUGCGCAUAUUCCCCGGCCGCCUGCUAGCCACCGGAUCCAACAUGAUGGCGGCGACAGCCGGCGGCGGCGGCGGCGGCAACGCGGCCGGCGGCGGCGCCGCCGCCGUUACACCCUUCCACCAGCAACAGCAGCAGCAUGCCGGUGCCGCUGGUGGUGGUGGCGGUGGCGGUGGCGGUGGCGGUGGCGGUGGCGGUGCUGGUGCUGGGGCCGGUGCAGGACCCGCAGCAGCAGGAGGAGCGGCGCCGCCGGCUGCUGGUGGUGCUGCUGGUGCUGGUGCUGGUGCUGGUGCUGGUGCUGGUGCUGGUGGGGUUGGGGGUGCGGGGACUUCGCCGCAGCCUGUGGUCGACAUGCGGAGUGUGUACCUGGUGGUGCUGGAGGUGGCGCUGGCGCUGCGGCACAUGCACAGCCGGCGGGUGGUGCACAGAGACGUCAAGCCGGGAAACGUGCUUGUCAAGGGCUGUGCGGGCGACCCACGCGGCUGGACAUGCAAGCUGGCGGACUUCGGUCUGUCGGCCAUCCUGGACCUACAGGACCCGGUGACGGGGCAGUACUACACCCUGCAGGACGAGCCGUGCGGCACGCCCACGCACAUGCCUCCCGAGUGCUUCAUCAAGGGCGCGCGCAUCACCGCCGCCGUGGACAUAUUUGCACUGGGCAUUACCAUGUGGGAGCUGACCUCAGGUGGCGGACAGCGGCCGCACCGGCACCUGGAGGCGGCGGCCAUCCCGCGGGCGGUGGUGCGCGGCCUGAGGCCCAGCUUCCCCAACGACGGCAGCGUGCCCGACUCCUUCAAGCGGCUGGCGUCCGCCUGUUGGGCCGCCGACCCCGCGCAGCGCCCCCGCGCCUGUGACGUGGUGGCCUUUGCCAAGUCGCAGCUGGCGGCGCUGCAGGCGCAGAUGCAGGCGGCGGCGGCGGCGCAGCAGCAGGCGGCGGCCUUCCACAUGAUGCACAUCAUGCAGCAGCAGCAGGCCGCGGCGGUGGCGGCGGCCGCGGCAUGGGCUCAGCAGCAGGGGCAGGGGCAGCAGGGGCAGGGGCAGGGGCAAGCGACGCAGCAGCAAUGGCCUGGCAGUGGAUGGGGCGGCGGCGUGGCCGAUCCUUCCCGGUGCGGUGCGUGCUGGUGAACGCACGUGCUGGUGUGUGUGUCGGGUGCUGGAGUUGCGGGAGCGAGGGCUGUUGCCUCGACUCGGGAGUUGUUGCGGGUGGCUAUCAGAAGUUGCCACAAGUGAUCUCUGUGUUACACGCGCAGAUCUAAUGCGGGGCCUCAGCUCAGGAGGCGGUUUUUCGGUGUUUCCGUAUGAUGACUUCACGCGUUGAAUGUGAUUUCGUUCUGGAGGCCUUCCGCGCAUAUGCAUGGCGGUCGUACAGCAGGCAGGUCGGCGGCACGCGCUUAUCCUUAUUUGCAGCCAGGGUGCGCGCGCAUGCUUUCGAAUUGGAAUGGUUGACUGGCAUACUUACGUAAUGGAAUGGUUUACUGGCAAUGCAGCCUAGGUGCCUUAUUUGGCGCAUGCCGUGUGGCGGCAGCUCGAGUAGCAAGCAAGCAGUAAAGCAUGCAAGAUUUUGGUGGUUAGGUGAUGAGAGGCCUCGCUCGCACGUAAACACACGUUUGCUUGCGCUGCGAGCCAUACAGCGCUGUACAUCUUGCACAGCGGGGUGGCAUAAUUCUUUACGUGCAGCAGGCGCUAAUUUCCUGCGCACCUAACCAACUUGCAAACACUUUAGACGAAGAAGACGAAGAAGACGCAAACGCAUUAUUUCUUGGGACAAUGGUGCCCUGCCUUUCAAGCAUUACCGUACGCUGCACAAGAGAGAGGAAAAGCAAGGGCCUGUUGCUUGGAGUUGACACGUUGCACCGUUUCCGACCCUUGUACUAAGGUUUGGCACCUUCCCAGAAGCAUUUUGCCAACGUGCCAAGUCCAGCUUUGCAAGUGCUGCAUGCGGCUAUUUAUCGCAUGGUCCUGGCUUGCCUGUGUCUGCUGUGUCUGUGUGUUCUCCUGUGUGUGCGAGUGUGUGUGUGUGUGUGUGUGUGUGUGUGUGUGUGUGUGUGUGUGUGUGUGUGUGUGUGUGUGUGUGUGUGUGUGUGUGUGUGUGUGUGUGUGUGUGUGUGUGUGUGUGUGCGCAUGUGUGCGUGUGCGCUGCUGGACGAUGAAUCAGCUUCUUGGCGUGCGUCCACCCGGGGUUGGAAGAUGCAGUAGACCUCGGCAGGCACGGUUCGUGGCGCAGGCAGCUGCCGAGUAGCUGUACGUGCUGUGGUUGUUGCGACGUUGUGACGUGCCUGCCGCUUUGCUUAGAUUCGCCACGCCCGAACGCACUAGUUGAAUCACUGCGUGUUUCUAGUCCGUCAUUUCGGCUUACGGCCGGCAAAGUAUCGGGGCCAAUGGGCCUGCGAAGCUGCCUGCUGGGUGUUCCAGCCGUCACCCACCCGCGUCCGGCGUGGUUGUCAGCAUGUGCGGGCAAGAUGCAUGAGUGCAUGGGGUUGAUGGGAUCGCGUACAUUUGACCAACAACCAUGUACGUCAGGAAGGUUUCUAAAUAGCAGGCAGCUCCCUCAUGCGCUUUUUUUACACCGAGCAAGGCUUUCUUUCAUGCCGGUACGGUGAGGUUCUGUGCUAUUGAAGACACGACAGGAUGUUUUGCCGAUUUCAAGUAUUGCAUGGCAGGCCACUUGGCGGUUGUGUGAUGUAAGUGAUAGAGGCUGCAGCACCCACGCACACGGCACACGGCAGAUGCUUGCUUGGACGAAGAUUUCAUUUCGGAGAAGCUACAGCAACAUUAUUUGUUAUGGUGGCCGCUUAUUAUGUGUUGUGGUGCUAUCAUGGCAACCGUGCGCGGGAUGCGCGCCAAUGAACUGGGUCAUUGCAGACCUCCCCUGGUCAGACUGCGUCGCCAACUUGUUGGUGGCUGGAGUUGUACGGAUUGCACACAUGCGCCGUUGGGUUGGUGGAGAUGGCGGUACAAUGGGAGGCGUAUCCCCUAGCGGCGAUAUGCCAGACGGAAGGCUUCAGUUUCAGUUGAUUCUGCAGAUCCUGUUAGUAAUAGAGUGCAACUGUGAACGAUCCAUCUAAUGUGAGUGGGCUUUGCUUGUCCAUGGCAGAAACGAACACGCGGCUUCUGCCAUCAAGCACUUUGAUGUUGCAUCGCGAUACGCACGGGCAUUGUCCUGCGGAGUUUAGGGUAUCAGGCGUUGCUUGUGUGUCUGUGCGUCCAUGUGUCUGUGUGGAAAAAUUCCGCUGAAUCACAUGCGCGGCACAUCGCCUCUGCAUGGCGCUUCCACAUGUGCCUUUGUUCUCUCAGCCGGUCAGUACGGCCUGCUGCUUUAGACAUUUUUCUGUUGCGGCAUAACAGAAAAAACAGAAAUGCUCUCAGAAUGGACUUAUUUGUGUGGUCUUUGAAAAGACGGAGAAAGGACUACUCCCUGUAACUUGAGUAGUCUUUUAUCCGGUCUUUCCAGGUGUUUGUCAGGAAUGUGGAGAAAGGACUGCUCCCCACGACUGCUCCCUUCAAUUUGAGUACUCCUUUUUGGGGCUGAGCCUUCGAGGCUCGAGCCCACCUUUCUUGUCCGGUCUUGGCAUUUGUGUGGAAAUUGCUACCUUGCCACGAUGGGUGGGGUAGCAUGCGUAGUUGAAUAUGCGUUGGAACGGCUUGCUCGUGUUCGGGGGGGGGGGGGAGCGGCAGUGUGACAAACACGUAAAGAGAGGACGGGUACCGCGUGCGUGCGUGUGCGACGGUACCGUACCGUACUUGCCGUACUUACCGCGUGCGUGCGUGGCCGCAGGCAGGCAGGGAGGGAACGCAGGUUGGUAUUGGUGAUGCAUAGCCGCAGUCAAGUUUGACACACGGUAUCGAUGAUGCUUUUUUGAAAACGAAUGCGCACGCUGUUACAAGGGGUUGUCGGAGCUAGCAGGCGGCACGGUAUCAUUCGGUCGCGGCGCGCAUGUGUGUUCGUCGUUAGUUGUGCCCCUGUGUGCGGGGGGGCUGCCGGCUACUGUCGGCUAGGUCUGCGGGCGGGUGCGCCGGUCAGGCAGCUUUGGUGCACCACUGCGCCCCAAUUGUUUACUGCGGCAGAGUUGCAGCGACUCUGCAGCGCUGACUGCCACGUAGCACUGUAAAGGGCUUUCAAC